UCGGGUGCACUGCUCUCGUCCACCUCUUUGUUCCAUUUGUUGCUGGUUACCUCCACAGAAGAAAGACUUCAGUUCCACUUUGUGAUGUCUUCCCCUGAAAUUGCUUCCCUUUCUUGGGGUCAGAUGAAGGUGAAGGGCUGCUCUACAACGUAUAAGGACUGCAAAGUAUGGCCGGGAGGAAGCCGGACAUGGGAUUGGCGAGAAACCGGGACUAAUCAUUCUCCAGGAGUGCAGCCAGCUGACCUUGAAGAAGUCGUCAAGAAGGGAGUUAAAACUCUGGUGAUUGGUCGUGGCAUGAGUGAGGCUUUGCAGCAUCCACUGUGGACUAUCUGAAGAAGAACGGGAUUGAGGUGCUGGUGCUGCAAACGGAGAAGGCAGUGGCGGAGUACAAUGCCCUGGCUGCUCAGGGUGUCAGAGUGGGCGGGGUCUUCCAUUCCACCUGCUGAAGCGCCGCUCAUUCCGCCUGCCCGGCCCGCGGCCAAAUCACCGACACACCUCUGAUGGAUCAAAUUGCACUCAGUGGAGUGUGAACUUGCGUGCCAAGGCAUUUGUGCGCUGACCAUCGAAAAUGCAAAGACAGUUUAUUAGCUCAGGAUUUAAACAAAUCGAGGGCUCACAAAAGGCGGGGCUGUUAAUGUAAUUAAAUCGUUUAAUGACAGAAUAA